AUGAAUUCAACCAUCGUUUUCUUUACUCCUUUUCUUUACUCUUUCUUUCUCCGUUUGUUUCUUUCUUUCUUUCUAUGUAUUUUCGUCUGUUCAUAUCUAUCUAUCUAUCUAUCUAUCUAUCUAUCUAUCUAUCUAUCUAUCUAUCUAUCUAUCUUUGUCUGUUCAUAUCUAUCUAUCUAUCUAUCUAUCUAUUUUGUCUGUUCAUAUCUAUCUAUCUAUUUUUGUCUGUUCAUAUCUAUCUAUCUAUCUAUCUAUCUAUUUUGUCUGUUCAUAUCUAUCUAUCUAUCUAUCUAUCUAUCUAUUUUGUCUGUUCAUAUCUAUCUAUCUAUCUAUCUAUCUAUCUAUCUAUCUAUCUAUCUAUCUCUAUCCGUUUACACAUACUUUCUUCUUUUCUUUAUUGUAAAUCUCGUUUCUCUCAUUAAACUCCUUGUCCCGUUCGUUUCUUUCGUUAUUCGUCCUCCUUCUCCUUUCUCUUAA